AUGGCUGAUCAAAAGUUAAAAGAUCGUGUUGCUAUUGUCACCGGCGCUGACAGUGGUAUUGGUCAAGGUAUUGCUGUUGCAUUUGCUAAAUCCGGUGCCGAUGUUGUCAUUACGUAUCGAUCGGACGAAGACGGUGCGAAGGAAACUGCUAAACGUGUCGAAGAAACUGGCCGAAAAGCAUUAGUCGUUCGGGUGGAUGUUGGAGAUGAAUCACAAGUACAGAAACUAUUUGACAAAACACUCUCGGAGUUCAAGCGACUUGAUAUACUUGUUAAUAAUGCUGGUAUGGAAGGCACAGGCAAGGCAGUACAUGAAAGUGAUUUUCAGGAAUGGGAGAAAGUCAUUCGAACAAAUUUGCACGGUCCAUUUCUCUGUUCGAAAUUAGCUGCAAAACAGUUCAUCAAGCAGAUUGAAUCCGAAGGAAAGCAAAAGACAGAAGAUCGAGGGAAACGAAGUGGAAAUAUUGUUAAUAUCUCUAGCGUACACGAAGAAGCAGUCACAGCUAAACAAGGAGCAUAUACUGUUUCAAAAAGUGGCUUGCGCAAUUUAACUCGUGUUAUGGCGUUAGAACUAGGUAAAUAUGGCAUUCGGGUGAAUGAUGUUGCACCCGGAAUGAUAUUGACACCAAUGAAUCAAGACUCAAUCGAUGAUGAACAAACACGCAAGGAAAAAGGCGAGAAAAUUCCGAUAAAACGUGCGGGAAAUCCAGAAGAUAUCGCUAAAAUGGUAUUAUUCUUAUGUUCGGAUGAUGCUAGCUAUUGUACAGGUUCAUCUUUUUUCGUCGAUGGUGGAUGGAUGUUAACAUAUCCAGACGUAUGA